AUGAGUCAGUUAGGUGAUAUUCUUAAUAAUGCACAGAUAUCAAAGCAUUACGAACUUCUUCAGUUUCUCUCUACUCACGCUAAUGUUGAGUAUACGUUGGCUCAGCUGGACUACUUAAUUCCACGGGGAGCCUCAUUGCAAAGGUUUCCUCGUGCUUGGGUGGAGUAUAUGGAAUUAGGACUUUGUAGUAAUCAGAGUAUUGAAGUUUGUUAUCGCUCUUCAUUGUCGUCGGACACUACCAAAAAAUCUCUUGAUAAUUUUGGGGUUGAAAAGGAUGAUGAACUUGUCCUUAUUUGUAGAAGACCUGAAUUACAAAGACUUGAGGAACUUGCAAAAUUGUUACAGUCCCCUUCUACUGUACAAGAGGAAGAAGGGUGUGUGGCUUUGCACACUGAUCAGGUUAUUCUGCAGGAAAAACUUUUGAAAGAGGCUCAACAACGUGGAAUGCUUUAUUACUUUCCUGAUAAUUAUGUUAAGUCUCGUGAGAGUCGUUUAGCUAAAGGAAGACGUGGUGCCUCUGGUCAUGGUGAGGCAUUGAGCGCGUUUUUACGUGAAGAAGAAUCCGAAAGUAUUUUAGGUGGUGAUGGACCUACAGGUCAGCUGGAUCUUCCUAUUGGUGUUGUCGCUCAAUUUAUGCUUUAUACACGUAGAGGAGUGCCUAUGCGUGGAAAGAAUACAAUUCCCACUCGUUUUAGUGUGGGAGAGCGGGUUAUGGUGAUUGUGGAAAGAUCUUUGACUGUAUCUGGCAUGGACGCUUCCGUUGCUGAUAAAGCUCCAAACUUACGGGUAUCAUUCGGUCAACCCACUGGUAAUUCUUCCGGUGUUUUGCCUAUUGAAGUACGAGUAAAGGCUUCAUCAAACUUAAAUAGUGGUCGCCGCAGUUUUAUAAAUAUCCGGGCGCACACAAGAGGGAAGGUAACAGUAUCACUUUUUGUGGAUGAUAAAGAGACUCUUCUUCCUAUAGAAGUUUUGGAUGAAAACACCACAAUGCCUGGGGUGAUGAUAGGGCGAGAGGCACUGCCAGAAGUUCCUUUACCAGAUGAUAUUUGUAUUAAUGAUCCCUCACUUUGGAAUGGUGGAAUAAAUGAGGAAAAAGAAGAAGAGGAAGAAGUGGAACAGAGAAAAAAAAAUAGUAGUAGUAAUACUCCUGAGGGUAUUCCUGUCUUAUCUUGGUGGUUAAAUCCUUCUCCUAUGGUGCUUAAGGUGCGUGAUCUUACUAUUCCAGACAGAGAGACUAUUACAGCCGCUUCGAAAGCUGUUUGGAUUCCACAUCAGGCGGAUGAGGAUGCCCUCCGAAGUGUAAGGAAUACAUUGCGGGAACAACACGCAGCGGAGGCAUUAUCGCAGCGGCGGAGAAAACGCAAUCGACAUCGUGAACUGCGAAAUAGUCACAUGUUACACUUUGGGUUUGAUGCCUCUGUGCCGUAUGGAGGAGGGAAUUCACGAGAUGCGAUGGGGGAAUGA